AUGUUGUUAGCCCCCGAAUACCUGCAUCCCGCCUGCAUCCCACCUGCAUCCCACCUACAUCCCACCUGCAUCCCACCUACAUCCCACCUGCAUCCCACCUGCAUCCCACCUGCAUCCCACCUACAUCCCACCUACAUCCCACCUGCAUCCCACCUGCAUCCCACCUACAUCCCACCUACAUCCCACCUGCAUCCCACCUGCAUCCCACCUGCAUCCCACCUACAUCCCACCUGCAUCCCACCUGCAUCCCACCUGCAUCCUAACUACAUCCCACCUGCAUCCCACCUGCAUCCUACCUGCAUCCCACCUGCAUCCCACCUACAUCCCACCUGCAUCCCACCUACAUCCCGCCUACAUCCUACCUGCAUCCCACCUACAUCCCACCUACAUCCUACCUGCAUCCCACCUACAUCCCACCUACAUCCUAACUACAUCCCGCCUGCAUCCCACCUACAUCCCACCUGCAUCCCACCUACAUCCCGCCUACAUCCUACCUGCAUCCCACCUACAUCCCACCUGCAUCCCACCUACAUCCCACCUACAUCCCACCUACAUCCCACCUACAUCCCACCUACAUCCUACCUGCAUCCCACCUACAUCCCACCUACAUCCUACCUGCAUCCCACCUGCAUCCCACCUACAUCCUACCUGCAUCCCGCCUACAUCCCACCUGCAUCCCACCUGCAUCCCACCUACAUCCCACCUACAUCCUACCUGCAUCCCACCUACAUCCCACCUACAUCCCACCUGCAUCCCACCUGCAUCCCACCUACAUCCUACCUGCAUCCCGCCUACAUCCCACCUGCAUCCUACCUGCAUCCCACCUACAUCCCACCUGCAUCCCACCUACAUCCUACCUGCAUCCCACCUACAUCCCACCUACAUCCUACCUGCAUCCCACCUACAUCCCACCUACAUCCUACCUGCAUCCCACCUGCAUCCCACCUGCAUCCCACCUACAUCCUACCUGCAUCCCACCUGCAUCCCACCUGCAUCCCACCUACAUCCUACCUGCAUCCCGCCUACAUCCCACCUAUCAACGUGCACAGACUUGUUGCAGACAAGAUAAUCCACAUGAGCAACAUACAGCAGCUCCUUAACAACACAGCGUGGUUGUUCACAGACCAUAUGUGUCGACCUGUGUGA